UAUAAAAAAAUUUUACGCCGCACUGGUGGUGCUAGGAGAUUACUGCUUAUGGAAUCACUGUGAAACAAUUAACUUUGUGUAUUUAUCAAUUAAACUAAAACAUAAUGUCCUUUAAUAUAAUGCAAAAGUUGUCACUGCUCAGCUUGAAAGCGGAUCAACCUUUAAUAACAACUAUACGUAACGCUAGCAAAAAGACCGGAGGCAGUACUCGUAACAAGAAGGGACAUCCGAGACCAAAACAUCGUGGUUGGCGUGUACAAGACGGGCAUUGGGUUUCACAGGGCACAUUACUAGCAACACAAUUGACGACUCGUUUUCAUCCAGGCAUGAAUGUUGGUUUCGGUAGAAAUGGGACGCUCUAUGCAAUGGAACAUGGAAGAGUAUACGUUACAUGUGAGCAGUUGGAUCCGGAUUGGGAUCACACAUGGGUGCAGAGAAACUACGCCGGCCGUGAGGGACAAACGAUAUAUAAAAAGUUUUUCAAUGUAAUUCCAGAACCCCAACACCAACGUUUUCGUCUAAUAGAGGAAGUUUAAAGAUUUUGUUAUGUUUUUCCUUACAUUAAUAUUGGAUUGAUAAAAGUAAAUAAAACAAUAUAAGGUGUAAUAUA